CCAUAUCAAAGAAUCAUCAGAAGUCAAGUAAUCAAUCCUCGGAGAAGAGAUCCGUAGUCCUUAGAAGAGACCCAGUGGUAUUGAGGCAGCAUCAAUCAAAAUGGCUAGCAGCUGGAGAAGAUCAAUUGGGAACGUGAGGUCGUUCAUCGGUAAUUCCAUGGGUGGUCUCAGAGGUGGCCAGAGUGCCGCUUCUUGGGUCGUCGCCGGAACUAUUGCUUACUUUCUCUGGAUUAAGCCAGCUCAAGAUCUCAAAAAAGAACAAGAGGCUAGGGCAGCUCUUGCAGCAAUGGCGGAUCCGAAUCAAUACGUUGAGAAGAGGAAACCAAUUGCUGAUCCUCAGGUUACUGGUUUGAUCUAUGGAAACAAGAACAGAACUGAUAAGCCACAGGAUUGAAAUUUUCUGUAAGUUUGAACAUCUGGUUGUAAGUUAGCUUCUACAGUUUUUUGUCAGGUUUCAUAUAGCUGAAGAUCAUGUAUAGACACUAUAGUAGUUGUCACUUACAACGAAUAAAAGAUGGAAACUUUUUUUUGUUACCCAACCAUCUGUGAAGGAUUUUAUAUGCAUUGACCAUUGAGUGAGGUUUAUAACGGAUCUGAUACUUCGUUUUGAUUCUCAAUACUUUUUUAUACAUUACCCUUUUACUCUGUU